AUGACAAGGAAUGAUGCGAUGCAAAAGAUUGCUGCCUUUUUGAAGUCGAGUCUAGAGGGACGGCGCGACGUGUUUGUUGGAGGCCAGCGGUUGGCUUUCCCGAAGAUAGAAGGGCGAUGCCUGCUACUAGUACCGAUACACGAGUCUUCUUAUCUUGUCUCCACCCACUACAGCCGCAACCGCGAUCAGGUUCAGUCCAACAUCGAGGAACAAGUAGAGCUUUCCCGACAGGCCACUCCUCCACCCCAACCGACUCAUACAUGGAUUUGCUUUUCGAACUCUACCAAGUCGAGCAAUACAUCCACCACUUUCAGGAAGCAUUCCGAGUUACAGUCGCAUCCAGGAUCAUCCAGGACUCAUCCUCAGCUAAAUCACAGUGUGACCAUGUGCGGUAUCUCGCCGGAGAUCUCUGACGAGGGCCUGAUCCAGAUUCCACAACCACCAGCAUAUCUGCGCCUGCUCGAGUACCAAUAUUGA